AGAGGGGAGAGAGAGAGGGAGGCAGUAUAGGGACACUGUAACCUGCAGGAAGACUCAUAUGGUCCUGCAGCAGACCACGAACCACCGACAUAUCUGCAAACCUCUCACACUCUGCUCGGCUUCACUUUCCUCCGUCUCUUUAAACAGUCUUCCAUUUUUUUUAUUUUUUUUAUUUGAUUUAAUUUGAUCAUUUUUUCCCCCCUCGCAUCCCCUUCCUCCCGCAGCCCAGUAUCGGUUGGUCGGUCGGUCGGUCGGUCGCACUCGGGCCGGUCAAGCAGCGCCAUGGCUCGGGAGAACGGAGACGCCGGCAGGGGGGAAACGUGGAAGAAACAAGUCGACGACAUCAAGAAGAUCUUCGAUUUCAAGGAGCUGCUCGGCACAGGAGCCUUUUCGGAGGUCGUGCUGGCCCAGGAGAAGCUGACUGGCCGGAUGUUUGCGGUGAAGUGCAUCCCCAAAAAGGCCCUGAAGGGGAAGGAGAGCAGCAUCGAGAAUGAGAUAGCCGUGCUGAGGAAGAUCAAGCAUGAGAACAUUGUGGCACUGGAGGACAUCUACGAGAGUCCCGACCACCUCUACCUGAUUAUGCAGCUGGUGUCCGGCGGCGAGCUGUUUGACCGAAUCGUGGAAAAAGGUUUCUACACAGAGAAGGAUGCCAGCACGCUGAUCCGACAAGUCCUGGACGCUGUCAACUACCUGCACAAGAUGGGCAUCGUACACCGAGACCUCAAGCCAGAGAACUUGUUGUAUUUUAAUCCUCAAGACGAGUCGAAGAUCAUGAUCAGCGACUUUGGCCUUUCCAAGAUGGAGGGAAGUGGUGACGUCAUGUCCACUGCCUGCGGUACUCCAGGAUAUGUGGCUCCAGAGGUUCUCGCUCAGAAGCCGUACAGCAAGGCAGUGGACUGCUGGUCCAUCGGGGUGAUAGCCUACAUCCUGCUGUGCGGUUAUCCUCCAUUCUACGAUGAAAACGACUCCAAGCUCUUCGAACAGAUCCUGAAGGCAGACUACGAGUUUGACGCACCAUACUGGGACGACAUAUCGGACUCAGCCAAGGAUUUCAUCGGCAACCUGAUGGAAAAAGAUCCUGCCAAGCGUUUCACCUGUGAUCAUGCACUCAGACACCCCUGGAUCUCUGGGGAUACGGCUCUCUGCAAGAACAUCCAUGAGUCAGUCAGCCGACAGAUCAGGAAGAACUUCGCCAAGAGUAAAUGGAGGCAAGCGUUCAAUGCCACGGCCGUGGUCCGGCACAUGAGGCGGCUGCAACUUGGCAGCAGCAUGGGGAGCAGCAUGGAUGCCUCCAACCCGCCGAACAGACCGAGCCAGGCGCAGAAGCCCGCCGGGAGCCCGAUCCAGGCUGGCCAGAACCAUUCAGCUCAGAGCCAAAACACGGCGCAGAGCCCGAGCACCAACAUAGCUGCCAGCAAGACCUCUACCACUGACAACAACAUAGCAGCUCCACGCAAGGAAUGUGUGACUGCGCCAGUCACGCCCUGCAGUCUGGCGUCCGCAGCCUCCUCUCCCACUGCGGGGGCCGAGCUGAACCGGCCACAAACCUCACCAGGGCCUGCCCCAGUGCUCACGGAGACCAAGUGACGCCAGGUCCCGCGGGGGACCAGCUGGGAGGCCACAGCACUGUGAGGCAAAAAAGAACGAGGAGGACAACAGGAGAAGAAGAGGAUCAGCCUCUUCUUCGUCCGUCUCUUCACUGCACUUCCUCUUGGACGCCCUCCAGCCAGUUCCCUGCCCUGCUCCCGGGAGAGCAGAGGACUUUACCUCCACCCCACCGAUUCAAGCCACACAGCGCCAGACUGAACGCCCGUCGCCCACCCGCCAGAUCUGCCACAGCGCGGCCACUGACUCUCACUGCAGAUGUUUGUGCGGCCAGCUGCGAUUGGUUGCCAUUCCUGGUUGAGUGUUGACUGUUAACUGCCCUAGACUUGAGCAGCAAUCCGUGGUUCAAGGGGGGCGGUGGUAUCAUGUUAUUCAAUGUCAGUCAACUUCCCUCUUGAAUCUGGUCUUUCCUGCGAUGCUUUAUUUAGCUUUUAUCCAAUCUUAGGUUUGACUGUUGGCAACUGGAUUGUUUUAUUUUGUAACUAUUAUUACUGUUCAUUUUAAAGGUGCCGUGUUUAAUAUAUCAUUGUCAAAUUAACUGCAAUACUUUGGUAUUAUAACUGUAAAUAUAGCAGUCCAUAAACAAGAAUACAGAUUGCUAUUACUUGAGCAACUGCUUCUCUCCAUUAAGACCCCAAGAGGCUGAUAGACCUCUGAAUAAUGGCCUCACAACUUCAGCUACUGUUGUAAACUAAUAUGACAAUGAUUUAUCCAUGUGAAAAUACUACACAUAGCACCUUUAAGACCUUUUCUAUGCCCCUAUGGGCCUGUUUGUUUGUGCUUUAAGAAGUGCUUUAAAAGUACCAUACGACUGUUGACAUGUAAAAAUAUGAGUUAAGUGAUUUACCUAUUUUGCACAGAGAGGGUCGGACAUGUUCUCAGACAUGGAUUAGCCACACUCCACUUAAUGUUUUUCAGACAAAAAGUAGGGAUUGUGAACCUUUAUUUAAAAAACAAAACAAAAACAAAAAGGGUUGCAACUUGUCUGAAACAUUCAGAUUUAUUCAUUAUUUUCUUACAUUUUAUGACUUUUAUGAUAAUCUCCCAUUAAGGGGCACACGCACACAGGUUACUAUGAAGCACGCAGCAAGUUAAGGAGAGGAUAGGAAAAGACAGAGAUGUGUAUUUUAUUUUUUGCAAAACUGCCUCCAAUUGAGAAUGUUUGUGACUAAAGAUAGCUUGCCAUUUGACCUCCCAACCCAAGGGCCACAAGCAACGCAGUGCAGUUUCAAGGGAGUUAAAAGAUACAGAAAUGUAAGAAACCAUCUCAGAGAUAUUUAGCUGCUUCCCACUGGGAAUCUUCACAGUAUUUGGCCCAUGUGGAGUCAAAAUCCAAGUUGGAAGAGCUGUGGCCUCCCGUUGUUCCGUCCCCACUUCAAAUGAAGCCACGAUCUCCCCUUCUCGCAUCGUCAAGCUUCAGCAGUUCAGAAGUGCUCAGGGAAAACCGCAGCUGCACUGUGCGCUAGCCAACACUGGUUUAGAUGUUUCCGUCAUGGUACCGGCGAUGUGGCAUCACAGUUAAUGCACCAGGGCUCUGGACGUUAGCUGUGUAUUCUUACUGCAGGGUUGUAGUGACUCGUGACUUGAACAUUUAGGACCCAGACCUGGUUUCAGACUGUACCACCGAGGACUUGUUUGUGAACUGAAUCACCGGAAACAUUUUUUUUUUUUUUUUUUUUUUGAGUUUCACCCGAUCACCUGGUAGGUUUACAACAAAGGCCACAUCACAGAGAUUAACGUUACAACAGAAAAAGUGGAAAUGCUGUCUGGGAUGGAAAAACUUUUUUUUUGCUUAAGAUGGCUUAAUUUUUUUAAGAGCUUUUAUUCCGAUAAUUUAAAGCAAAUGAAAGUCCUCAGCUUAACGUCUCGUUUCCAACCGAUGAACUCAGUUUAAUCUAACUUUUCUUUUUACAGACUUCCCUUGAAUGUGACCUUCUCUUGACUCAAAUUGUGGUAAUGGCUCUUCAGACAAAACUCAGAAGGGUGUAAGUGAACAACAUUGCAAUGCUCAGUCGCACAUAUCAGAUCGUCAUGUCUUCAUUAGAUGCAAAUCUAUUGAUCCCUUUAUCGUGAAAUCUUAGCCAAGAUUUUAUUCAUUCAGCGGUACUUGGUGAAUUAGUUAGAACAGAAGUAGAAAGAUUUUUAGUAAACUAAAACGUAAGGGCUGAACUCCAGCUGCAUAUGAAUCUUGAGAGAACAUUAUUGACUUUUGACUUCCUAUUCUGUUGCAGCUUAACUUUUUUUUCUUUACUCCACAAAGUGCUGCUGCAAGAUAUCUGUAAAUUAUUUAUAGGGCAUGUUUUAAUCUGUAUGGCAUACAAAGUGAGUGUGAGGCCAUGCCGGGAUUAGAGUCAAAUUAAAGUUGGGGGAGAAAUAACACCGUAAAUCAACACUCACCCAGGCUGUCUGGAAUUCAUUUGGCUCGCUGCAUCAUUUUGUGCAUUCGGUCCGAACUAUCUGGCACUCAAAAUCGACUAAAACAAAACAAAAUGAAACCUUUGCGAAGGUUAACCUAUCUAAAUCUUUCUCCCUCCUUGGUCUGCUCAGCAAGGACAAUUCCAGUGUGUUUGCUUUCUCCGCUCCCCCGCGUUCCCCUUCGUGUUAUAUUGCUGUUUCAAGCUUUUAUCACUUUCAGGAUGAGGGCGGCUAUAUUCUAUCGUUGACACUGAUUGAUGACAAAUCCCAUGGCAAGACGAGAUGGAGUUAAGGUUGACAUGAGACUGACCCUAAUGUAACAGAAAGAAAAUAUCAGCUACUGGUUGAAAGUUUUACAGGGAAAUAAAACAAUCAGAUGAACGAAUAUUGUGAAUUAGAAACAUAUGUUUUUUUUGCCUUUUUAUCCAUAAUAAUUGUCCCUGAAUGAGCACAUCGAUAUGAAACAGAUUCUGAGCUGUCCUUCUCAGUUUACAAUGACUGCGUUUAGACGGCUUAUAGUUCGAUUGAUGCUGAUUGGGCCUGAGAAAUUUGGGGAAGUGGAAAUCUGAUUUAGAAAUUGCUGCGUUUGUUUCUGGUGAAUAUGAAAAGCAACUCAACACUUAAAGGGCCCCUCCACCUAUUUUACAAAUGAAAUUCUGUUGAAUGUUGACGAUGUCAUCAGGGUUGUCUCGGCAACCUUCAAAUGCCAUUUGAAAUGUGGGCAUUCUUGAGACAGGGUGUAGGCGUUAAUGAAGGACACUAUGGAAUUGCAUUAUGGGAAGAGUAUCACUUCAAAAAGAGUAAGGUGUGUAAGCAAAGGCCAAUUAACCUGAUUUAUUGGGGGGUGGGGUUUUUUGAAACCUUUCGGUGUUUCUUAUUGAACUACAACACCCACACAUCCCCUAAUGCAUGGCUAUACACUUCGUCUCGCAGAAGCCUAUAUUGUAUUCUGACAUUUUUAUGGCAAGGCCUUACAUUUGUUUUCUCUGCUAACCACACGUUUUCAAGUCAAUCCGUCCAUUCGUCCAUGUCUCGUCGAGGGAAACGUUCAACAUGUAAGGGCUUUAUUCCAAUGAUCACCAUAAUCUUAUUAAUCACUGUAAGCGUGUAUAGUACGUACACAAUUACUGCUAUGCAUUUUUUUUAAAGAUUUUUGAAGUGUGCUUUAUUUUCCCCUUGAGAGUGGAAUCAGGAAACACUAAGGAAACAUCAGCAGCUAUAGUUUUGAAAAAGAAGAUCCUGUUCUGAUUCUCAGACAAUUUCAAUGACUUAACUGUUAAUUAUUAUUUUUAUUAUUAUUAUUAUUAUUAUUCAAUGAGCUACAUUGUCAAAAAAGAUGUACCACACGCUUCUCUGGCACAGAUAUGUCAAUGAGUCGUCGGCCAAGACUGUAGGCGUACUUUCAUUUAACAGGAAGUCGUCCGAUUUGGUUUGGACGUUUUGGGUUUUACGAAUGUGUUGUGAGGCAGGCAGAGGGUUCAGGUUCAUGCUCCUCUGUGGUUUUAUUGUCUGCUGUUGCUGUUUGAUCUAUAGAAAAGAAAGCAAGAGGAAAAAAAAACAAGUUUUCUGAAUGAAUCUUUCCGUGUUUAAGAUAUGCUACUGUAAAUAGGUUGUGAACACGAGUGAUCAUUUUCAAGAUAACACGAAUGUUUUUGCUUUUCAGGCAUGAUUGACUGAGCGAGCGAGCGCGUGCGUGUCGAGGGAAGUUGAUUGUAUUCUCUAUGGAAUGUUUAAUGUAGAGAAUAGAAAAAGCUGAAUUCCCCUUUACUCCCCCACUGCAGUUUGCUUUUAUAUACUGUACCGCACUGUGUGACUGCCAUCAGCGGAGCUGCGCAGCUCCGUUUAAUGCCGUCAGUGUUCCACCGCCACUUCGGUCGCACCAACUGAAGGGUGAAAGCAUUGUUUACUGAACUCAGGCUUAUGUUUUUUGCCAUUCAAAAAGGAAUCUGGCUCACCGGCCCACUAUGCCCCAUAUGAGCUCACACUCAUCUGACUUUUCUUUCUUUUUUUUUAACGAAGACGCUGCUGAGGUGCAACCGUCACGAAAGAUGAAAACAAGCAUGUCUGGCAAAAAAAAAAGAGGAAAAAAAAGUGCUUCGAGAAUCCAACUCCACCAUGAGUGUUUGCAUUACCUUGUAUUCCUCCUGUACGAUGUUAGUAUCUCUGUGUUAUGUAAACAUGCGCACGGGUCGAGAUGCCCAGGUCCACGAAAAAAGCCGAGAUCACUCGGUGGCAGACAAGGGUUUCGGUGCUACGAACAGUUUUCAAGAGGUAGACUUACAACAUACUGUGUUCCAAUGGAAAUUGCAAAAAAAGGAAAAUGCUGCAUAUUAGAGUGAUUCCUUCUGGCUCCCUUCACAUAUGGAUAAUGUCAAAAUAAUCAAAUGAUUGACCAUGCAAAGACUUUAUUGUACCAAAUCGUGACAGCAAAAAAUCAUUCAGCACGUCACGAUUUAAGUGGCUGUUGUCCUCCAAGUGUAUGUGGUUCCUGGGUCAACAACUGCCUCUGCCAAUCAACAUUUGUGAUGUCAUCUCGUAGAGUAACCCUAACCUUAGCCCUUAAACUUACCCUGACCCUAACCCCUAAACAAAAUGUUGGUCCCAGGACAGCAGCCACUUGGCCAAAUCAGGACACUCGAGUCAUGUAUGGGUAGUUGUGGCACUCGGGGAAAGUUUUAGUACAGAUAUAUUGUAACUAUUGUGCCACAGUAAAUAUGGCAAAAAUUCAAAAGAAUACAUUUAGUACAUAAGCUUUUUCAUUCAUUUAUGAUCUUGAAAGAUUUUCUAGGGCUAGGGUCAGAUCUUUGCCGCUGACCCGGAAAGUACAAACAAUCGUUUGUCGCACUGACACUCUGCACGCUGCCCUCCUGGGACCGGGCGUCUCCCUGUGCGCGUCCCCGUCCAAGCGCCUGCCGGCCGUUAUAGCUGGCUGUAUUUACUCUCUGCAUGUGACCACAACAAAAUCCCACCGUGUGCACCGUCGUUCACGUGUGACGACAUCCCCCGUGUCUCCGAGCGGCACUCAUUGUGCUGUGCCGAUGGCGACGACAACUUUUUGUCCUGUUAAUGGGGCUUGUAUAUCCGAUGCCUUUCGACAAUCAUGUGCACAUAUCAGUUACCAUGACGACACAGGCCACAGAGCGAUCGAUCGUGUUUCGUUUGUUUUUUUUCCUCCUGGAAUAAAUCCCGAAUGAUCGUAACAUGAA